CAUCGCCUCUUGCCGUCGUCUCGUCUUUUCCUCUGCGGCUGAACUAGUCGCUGAUCCAAGGCCGUCGUCCACUCGCCAUCCCACCGGCCACCGCCUCCGCCGCCUCUCACCGGCGCCACCGCCUCUUACCAGCGUCACCGCUGCUCUGCCUCCACCGCCUUCUUCCUCUCCACAAGCCCCGGUCGCCCAGUACGCAUCCCACCCGUCGCAGUCGACCUAGCUGCCUGGUGGAGGUGGAGGCGAGGGGGAUUGACUCGGCUCCGGUGCUCCGAUUGAGCCCGCAGGCGACCGAUCUGGAGACGGUCCGCUCCGCUUCUCGCCGGAGGCUGUCACGAACCCAGCCAAUUUAGACUAGGAAGCAUGAGGAGGCGACCGGGAAUCGCGGGUUUACAGAACGCGGCGGCUACUCGCGACCAAUUCCGGCUGGUUGGGGAAAAUGUGGCCAAGGUCAGGACCGAUGUAAUGAAGGAGCAGCUUGCCACAUUUCGGACACAACUCGAAGAAUUUGCACUCAAGCAUAAGAAUGAUAUCCGUAAAAAUCCACUAUUUAGACAACAGUUCCAUGAGAUGUGUGCAAAAGUUGGAGUAGACCCUCUGGCUUCGAAUAAAGGAGCUUGGGCAGAACUUCUAGGGAUUGGUGACUUCUACUAUGAAUUGGGAGUUCAGAUUGUUGACAUAUGCAUAGCAACCAGAGCGACCAACGGUGGCUUGAUUGACUUGCUAGAUCUCCGUAAACUCCUGUGUCAGAAGAGGAAAGCUGAUCUUGGAUCCUUAACAUCAGAUGAUUGUUUGCGUGCAAUAAGUAAGCUGAAGGUCCUUGGUAGUGGUUUUGAAGUAAUUUCUGUUGGGAAGAAAAAGCUUGUACGUUCUGUUCCUACAGAACUGAAUAAAGAUCACAAUGGGAUACUUGAGCUAGCUCAGGCUGAAGGUUUUGUCACAGUAGAACAAGUCAAGAGAAAGUUCUCGUGGUCAACUGGCCGUGCCAUCGAUGUCCUUGAAACUUUGCUCAAGGAAGGGCUUGCUAUGAUCGACGAUGGGCACAGGGAUGGCAAGCGCAGAUACUGGUUCCCGUGCGCCACUCUCAGUUCUGACUCGAUUGGUGCCGAUGCCAAGUCAUGACCUGUUCCACUCCAUUGUUGUCACCUGUAUCCUUUUUUCCAUUGGUUCAUUUCUGUACAGCUCUGGAAGAAUCACGAGAUAGCAAUACACUUUCAGUGCUGGGCUGCCGGCAAAAAUGUUACAUUGUGAUUCGUGCAUCAGGCAGGAUUCUGAACGUAUUUGUACUAGUGGUCUAUACUAUACUAGUUCUUCUUUCACGAAAUUCUACUCGUAAUUGUAAAUUUUCAAUGCUAAUGGCCUCAUCUUUCCUCA